AUGAUCACGUACAACGUGGAUCUGCUGAACCGAAACGAUCUAGAACAUUCAUUCUUUCAUCUCGACCGCCAGGAGCCCACCGUAGGCUUCCCCUACAAUGCCUCCAAUCCGCUUGGUCCCACGUAUCCGUCGGACUCGGCCUGGUCAUCGCCCGCUGCCCUACCGGAUUCGUCCUCGCUGGACACCAAGCUUCUGGUUGCCUCCCAUCUAGCAGGUUACCUGCGAAGUCAACUCGAGGAACAGAAGGGUUACACUGCCACGGUGGGCGUGUCGACCUCGAAACUUCUUGCCAAAUUGGUGGGAAACAUUCAUAAGCCCAAUAGUCAGACAACCCUCCUACCGCCAUACGUUGCGGCGCAGCCUGGCGCACAUACCACCGUCCUCGAUUUCCUCGACGCCCACGAGAUCCGGAAAAUCCCCGGCAUCGGCUCGAAAAUUGCCCAACGGAUCACUUCCCAUCUCGUCAAAACAGGCGCUCGAUCGGAAACCAUCCAAGAUGAAACAGCCCCUGUCGGAGAUGCCCCUGUCACGGUUCGAGACGUGCGUCGGUGUCCCGGCAUGAGCCCCUUACUUCUAGAUAAGAUCCUCGGCGGCCCCGGAUCCCCCAAGGAUGUUGGAAUCAAACUCUGGAGACUUAUUCAUGGCGUAGACCAUUCGGAGGUCCGGGAGGCUCGGGACCUACCCACUCAGAUCAGUAUCGAAGACACUUACGGGCGCAUGGAUACUCUCGAUGCGGUCAGACGAGAGCUGAACUCUUUGACGGUCAGUCUGAUCCGGCGCAUGCGGACUGAUCUGACGGAGAGGCUAGAUGAGAGCGAGGCAGCGACUGGGAGAGCCCCUGGCCCUCGGCAACCUUUAGAAGAAACGAGGCGCACGCGAUGGCUGGCUCACCCUAAGACUCUACGUCUUUCUACGCGACCUCGGCCGCCUCCCACGCCGGAUAGUGGGCAGUAUCGCAGCUUCAACCGCAUCUCGCGCUCUGCACCUCUCCCUCAGUAUGCGUGCAACCUGGACGAGAACGUUGAUGCGCUGGCGGAGCGACUCGUGCAAGAUCUGGUCAUGUCCAUGUUUCGGAAACUUCAUCCCGAGAAGUCCGGAUGGAACCUGCAUCUGUUAAACGUCGCUGUGACGAAUAUGAUCGAGACAGCCGGGGAGCGGAAGCAGAGUAGCGGUCGGGACAUAGGGAAAAUGUUCCAAAACCAAGAUAAAGCAGAUCAAGGUUCUUUCCGCCAAAGGGAACUAGGCUUGCUACCGGUCACGCAGUCAUCCAUACCAAACGUCUCCAGCGAAUCCGACCUCCAACCCGAGGGGGUUGAUACAUGGGAGGAGAGCGACGAGGAAGAGGAUAUGGCCUGCAUAGCCUGUACCAUCUGCGGAGCAUUGAUCCCACAUUUUGCGCUUGUAGCCCACGAGAUCUAUCACUCAGCGCCGGGGGGAUGA